AUGGCUGGCCCAGGUGCAGUUGAGGUAUUUAAACUGCAGCCAUCACCUCCCUCUCCUCCUCCUCCCCCUGCAGCAGCAGGAGCAGCAGCACCAGAGGAACAAGCAGCGGCUGCAUGCGUUGUGCAGCCCCAAAGGGUUGCUUUGCUGCCUCAUAAAGAACCAAUUAAUGAUAUAGCCUGGUCAGAGCUAAACGCAGAGACGCUCGUUAGCGGAGGUUGUGGGCGCAGCAUAACUGUAUGGCGCUUACAGGAUUCAGAUACUGCAGCAGCAGCAGCAGGAGCAGCAGCAGCAGCAGGAGGGUGUUAUGGAGGAGAGGCUGUGCAAGAAGUAAAGGCACACAGCCGAGAUAUUACAACUCUGAAUUGGAGUUGUAUGAAUAAACAGUUGCUGCUGUCUGCAGGCUUAGACAGCUUUAUUUUUGUGUGGGCCUUACAGCAUAGUCUGUCUCCUUUGAUAGCUCUUAGACAUAGUUUAAAUGCUGCUUCUUGCUUCUGCUGCAGUGCACCUCAAGAUGCUGCACUUGUUGCUUCUGUUGGUGCUGAUGGACGGCUUCUUAUACAUGAUCUUCGUCAGAGGCCUACUUCAGGUGUAUGUACACCUCAGCCUGCUUGGGGUGUACAUGCACAUCUAUGCGAAGCACUUUCCGUUGAUUGGAUGAAGCAUCAGCCCUGGCUUCUUCUAACAGGAGCAGCAGACGGCACAGUAGCUCUAUGGGAUCUCCGCAAAGCCGAUACCCCCAAAGCUACUGCUGCUGCUGCUGCUGCACCUGCUGCUGCUGCUGCUGCUGCUGCAUCUAGUCGUAUAUAUUCUAUUCAAGCUCAUCAGCUAGCUGUUAGGCGUGUAGUUUCACAUCCUUUUCAUCCUUGGAGGUUUGCUACGUGUUCUUAUGAUAUGCAAGUAAACAUCUGGGAUAUUAAUGAAAAUAUAACUCUUCCUCAGCAGCAACACAGCAGCAGCAGCAGCAGCAGCAGCAGCAGCAGCAGCAGCAGCAGCGUGAGAGGGAGCAGCAGCAGUGGAAGCGGUGGAGGUAGCAGCAGCAGCGGGAGCACCAGCAGCACCCCCAGCAGCAUCACGAGCAGCAGCACCCCGAGCAGCAGCAGCAGCAGCAGCAGCAGCAGCAGCAGUAAUAUGAACAGCAGGAGGAAGUUGAAUACAUAUGAAGGUGUAGUAAACGGCAUGCGUUUGCAUGCAAGCUACGAGCACCACAGAGAGUUUGUUUUAGGAUUAGACUGGAGUGUAUUUAAUAAAGGUAUUGUUGCUUCAACUAGCUGGGAUCGAAGUAUUUGCAUUUGGAAUGCAGACACGGGCCCUGCACCUCCAAAUAUUUCGAAGAGGCCUCUCUACUUAAAAAUGAAAGAGCCGAGCUAA